AUGAAGCGUGGGUCGAGCGCUCUGCAGCCUGCGUCAGUGCUCCGCAGCCUGGCACAGUCGCCCUCCACUGGGGGAGAGAAGGAGGAGGGUCCUCUCCCAUCAGCCACCUCUCUGUUCAGCCCUGAUGUCAGCUCCAAGAUGGCGUCCGACCUCCUCAUCAGGCUCUCAGAAGCCACACAGAAGGCUCGAGUGCAGCCAGGGAACGGAGUAGAGCCCCAGCCCCAGAGACAGGAGCCUGGAGGCGGGCAGCAGGAUGAACCGGGCCUGGCUCUGUCUCCGGACGGACCAGGGGCCAGUCCAGAACCCCCGUCUCUGUCCCGAACGCCAGAGUCCAACGCCACCACAGACAUACUGGCCUCAGAGCUGCUCCGGAAACUGGCAGAGCGCCAGGAAAUAAGCAGCGAAUUAGUGCGGAUCAAAGAGGAAGAGGAACCAAUGGAGGUCGACGCGAUGGCACCUUUUGACCUUAGCCGAAACCGACCAAUCACAGAGCAGAUCUUGUUCCUUCCACAAAUGACAAUAAACCAUAAACCUUUCAAGAUUAAAACUGAGGAGAAUCAGAUAAAGACACAAGAGUUACCCCAAAAGUCUGACCGCUGUCUCUUCGACCUCAAUAACCUUUACACCUUUGCACCGAAACGGGAAAACGCAUUGAAACACAAGAGCAGUAGCCUUUCUGGAGCCAUAACGGUCGAACACCUUCUAUCCAGCAACCAAACGGACACUCUACUAUCAACAAAAAUCCCUGAUCAGCGUUUUAACGGGUCAAAGAAGAACAAAAGUUGCGUGUCUGGGAUUGAUUUGAGCUGCCAUGUGACGUCAGCGGUCAAAGCAAAUGGACUGCUUCCCGUAAAGACUGAAGAGAUUCUGUUCUUUGGAGCCAAAAUGGAGGAGCAGGUCAGCGCAGGACCCAAAAUGGCCGACCAGUGCCUCCGAGCGGUGUUGUGGCAGGACAUGUCUGUGAAUCUGGCCUCCACCCUCCUUCACCAGCUCUCAGAAAGGGUGAGUAAGUCCAACACACCGCUGCUGGAGAGGACACCAACCCCAAUCAGAACCAGUCCUCCGUUAGUGCUAAAAGCGGACCAAAGCUGCUCAACUCCUUCUGUAACUACCAGCCAGCCUCUUCCAGAAACGAGCCUCAGAAGAGAUCAAACUACGGAUGGAACCUACUUUUACAGGUGCCAUGUGUGCGGCUUUGAGACAGAGGGGCGGAGUCUCUUCCACGAUCACAUGACCGAGCACCGCCAAUGGGAGCAGGAGCUGUUUUCCCUGCACUGCUGCGUGUGUGACCUCUCCACCAAUCAGGAGCCAGAGAUGAUGGCGCACAUCGACACGCACCUGCACCGCGAGGCACAGAUCAGAUGCCCUCCCACCCCUCCUGUUGUUGCCAUGGAGACGCCCCCGGAGACGAGCGCCCACCGCUGCAGGAUCUGCCAGAGGUCGUUUCCAGGGCAACAGGAACUGCUGGUUCACUUCCAGGGUCAUCGUCAGGGCAACCAGUACCGGUGCGACCGCUGCGGUCACCUGACGCGCACAGCCAACAAGCUGGUGGAGCACGUGCGCGUGCACACGGGAGAGCGGCCCUUCACGUGCACGCUCUGCCCCUACAGCGCUAAGAGGAGGGACAGUCUGCGGCUGCACUGCAAAGUCAAGCACCCAGGACACGUCCACGUGCCCACGUCUCACGUGCACACGCCCUCCACUCACACACACAUACCAGGUCACGUGCACGCUCCUGGACACGUGCACGCUCCUGGACAUUCAGACAGUCAACGGCUCCACACUCUCUGUCCUCCCCCCAACAGCCCCUCGCUCUGGAGGGAGCUGUCCCCUCUGCUGCCAAUCACAGUCCUGCUCAACAUCAGGCCCCGCCCCUCUGACCAGCCCAACCAAUCAGAGCCCUGUCCUCCCGUGCCCCCAGACCAAUCAGAGCCCUCCUGUCCCUCUACGUCUUCCUCUAAACAGUCGUACAUGCGUUACCUCGGCCUUGGGUCGCUCUGA